AUGAUUAAUACAGGGAAACUUGCUAAUCGUACCGCCGUUAUUACCGGAGCCAGUCGUGGAAUCGGCAAGGCGAUUGCUUUAAAAUUUGCUCGCGAUGGCGGAAAUGUUGUCAUUUUCGCUAAGACGGCAAAGCCACAUCCUAAAUUACCUGGAACAAUUUAUGAUGCAGCUGAAGAAAUUGAAAAAUGUGGCGGAAAAGCAUUACCGUGUGAAGUUGAUGUCAGAGAUGCACAAUCUGUUUCCUCAGCUGUCGAAGCAGCUGUCCGUAAAUUUGGUGGCAUCGAUGUUGUUAUUAACAAUGCUAGUGCUAUAUCGCUUACGGGUACGGAGUCUACACCCUCGAACAGGUAUGACCUGAUGAACAACGUUAAUGCUCGUGGCACAUUUAUCACAUCACAAGCCUGUAUUCCUUAUUUGAAGCAAAGCAAAAAUCCACAUAUAUUAAAUCUUAGUCCACCUCUAGACAUGGAUCCCAAAUGGUUCAAGAAUCAUUGUGCUUAUACCAUAUCCAAGUAUGGCAUGUCUAUGUGUGCUAUAGGGAUGGCAGCUGAAUUUAAAGGUCAAAUUGCAGUCAAUGCUUUAUGGCCUAAAACAGCAAUCUUUACAGCUGCAGUCAAAAUGUUGACUGGUUCCGAAGCAGCAAAGCACUGUCGCAAGCCUGAUAUUAUGGCUGAUGCUGCAUAUGCGAUCGUAACAAAGAAAGCUGCAGAAUUUACUGGUAAUUGCACUAUCGAUGAAGAUGUCUUAGCCGAUGCUGGUGUAACCGAUUUUGAGAGAUACGCCUGCGAGCCGGGCAAUUUAUUGCUGGCAGAUGCCUUCAUCAAUAUUGAUCAUAAUGACCCAAAGUUCAUUACUGAAUCAAUCUUCGAUGUUUCCUUAAAAUCGCGAAUGCAAUAA